AUGGCCUGCAGGGGUCGCACUCGACCCAGGGCCUUGGCCUGGGCCCUGCAGCUGACCCUGGCAUGGAUGCUGCUGGGGGCUUGUGGAGGGAGCCACCCAAUCCCAGCUAGAUCACAGAGACAUCGUAGGCUGGCGACCAAUCUGGGCACAGACCAGCUGCACCUGGAAGAGAUGAACCCACCAGAGGCAUCGGAGUCUGGGCUCGUCCCAGUGCGCUGUGGGGAGCUGAGCCCCAGGUGCGAAUCCUUCCUGGUACACCUCCAGGCUGCCCUUCGCAGUCGUUUCCACCUGCUGCUCUUGGGGGUGCGCCAGAGGCAGCCGCUCUGCUCUGAGCUCUGCGACGCCUGGUUUGCCACUUGCGAAAGUGACGUCAUCUGCAGCCCGACUUGGCUCCCACUCCUAGAAAAGAGGGGCUGCGAGCCUGGCUGCACUACUUAUGGGCAGACUUUUGCAGACGGAGCGGAGCUUUGCCGCUCGCUUCUGGGCGACGCGCUACCAGUGGCGGAUCCCGGCUCUGUUCACUGCCUCAACAUUUCCGUCUCGAUGUUGCCGCGUCCCAGACGUGCACGAAGGGCCCGGGGCACAGUCGUCCGGCGCUGGCGCCGCUCUCGCUCCGGGAUCCUGGACUCCGCGAGCAGCGGGAGUGGCAGUGGAAGUGGCAGCGGCCCCUAG